ACAUUAACGGUCGCUUGGUUGUCCGCUCGGUUUCAAUUCGCAAUCAUGGUGAUAGCACUGCUAUUGAUAACGGCAGUGAUUGGCCUCUUUGGCCUAUAUUUGAUGCAUCAGCAGAAAUAUUGGCAACGCAAAGGCAUUAAGACACUGCAGCACGGCUCCCCCUUGGGCAAUUGGCUGCAGUUGAAGAGCAUGCAUCACACCUCCACAUUGAAAGCGAUCUACGAUAGUUUCAAGGGUCAUGAGCCAAUUGCCGGUUUCUAUGUCUACACCAGACCGGUGGCAGUGGUAUUGGACUUGGAAUUGGCAAAGUCCAUAUUGGUCAAGGACUUUCAUAAAUUUUCCGAUCGUGGUGGCUAUCACAAUGAAAAGGACAUCUUGACCUCGAAUAUUUUCUUUUGGGAGUCCGAAAGAUGGCGUCCCCUUAGAAGUAAAUUGACUUCUUCUUUUACGCCGGCAAAAAUUAAAUCCAUGUUCCCGCCCAUUAAGAACGCCUCCCUAAAUCUCAAAGAUGCCUUCGAUCAGUGUUUGGAGACCAACAGUGUGAUAAAUGUCAACGAAUUAUUGGUUCUGUAUACCGUCGAUACCAUAGGCACCUGCAUUUUUGGCAUCGAAAUGUGUUCGCUGAAAGAUCACAAAAACGAAUGUGGACAAAUUGCCUCGAAAAUAACCUCCGACACAAGUUUUAGUGUACGCUGGCAAUUAUUCAAGCAAUGCUAUGCCAACUUGGUUCAACCCCUCGGAGUCGAUGUGAAAAUUUUCCCCAAAUAUGUGGAGGAUUUCUUUAUGGGCUCCAUUAAGCAAAUCAUUUUGGAACGUGAGAAAAUGGGUAUAAGACGCAAUGAUUUUGUGGACUUUUUGUUUGAUUUGCGCAGCUCCCAAAAGGCGGAGGGCAAGCCGGAGAUCACUUACAACGAAAUGACUGCCCAAUUGUUUAUGUUCUUUUUGGCCGGCCACGAAUCUGCCGCUGCUGCUGUUGGUUUUGCCCUUUACGAAUUGGCUCGCCACCCUGAGAUACAGGACAGGCUGAGAGAGGAAAUCCAGACGGUGUUGCAGGAGAACAAUAAUGAGUUAACACAUGAGGUUAGCAUGAAGAUGCCAUAUUUGGAUCAAGUUAUAUCAGAAACAAUGCGCCGCUAUCCCAUUCUUCCCUUCUUGGAACGCACAUCUCAGGAGGACUAUAAAAUAGAGAAUACCAAAAUAACCCUAGACAAAGGAAGUUCAGUACUUAUACCCGUAUGCAGCAUACAUUACGACCCGGAAGUCUAUGAGAGCCCCAAUGAAUUUCGACCUGAACACUUUGAUCCCGCCGAAGUUGCCAAACGACAUCCCAUGUCAUUUUUGGGUUUUGGUGCUGGGCCAAGAAAUUGCAUUGGUAUGCGUAUGGGACAAUCACAGAUGUCAAUUGCUCUCAUUGUACUGCUGAGUAACUUCAAAUUUUACCUUUGUGAGAAGUCGGUUUCAAAUUUCCAAUUUUCCGAUCAUGUCUUCAAUAAUAGAUGUUUGAAUGAUGUCUAUUUGCGAGUGGAGAAGUUGAAGGGAAAUUACAUGAAUUAUUGGCUUUUGAUCGGUUGGAUAUGCAUAUCCGCGGUAUACGCCUUCUUUAAGCUGAAAUUCAGUUACUGGGACCUAAGGGGAGUGAAACAGAUGGUGCCCGGUCGCCUUUGGGGUAACUUUGAUAAACUGACCUCGGUUAACAACAGUGAGGUUUGGCAGGAGAUCUACGAUGAACUCAAAGGAAAAGUUCAACUGGCUGGCACUUACAUUUUUACCCGACCCAUAGCCCUUAUACUGGAUUUGGAUUUGGUGAAAACUAUACUGAUAAAGGAUUUCCAUAUGUUUUCCGAUCGUUCGGCCUAUAGCAACCCCAAGGAUAUUUUAUCACAACAUCUCUUCAGUGCGGACACCAAGCUAUGGAAGAGUCUAAGGGGCAAGCUAACACCCACAUUUACUACAGGCAAAAUGCGUUUCAUGUUUCCCACCAUGGUGGAGGUGUCCCAAAAAUUCAUAGCAACUUUUGAAGAGGGCUUGCAAAAAAUUCCCGAUAGAUGUGUGGAUAUAUAUGAUUGGAAUGGCCGCUUUACCACUGACGUCAUUGGCAGCUGUGUCUUUGGCAUAGACUGCAACAGCCUGAAUGACCCCAAUGGGGAGUUUCGUAAAAUUGGCCGAAGAACCUUUGGAUUUAGUCCUUCCGGCAUUAGAUGGCGUCUAUUUAAACAGGUCUAUAUCAAAUAUUUUCGAUUUUUAGGAGCUCGUCGCUUUUCCCAUGUUCUGGAGAAUUUUUUCCUACGCAUAGUCAAUGACACUGUGUUGGAGCGAGAGCGUCGAAAUAUCCAUCGCAAUGAUUUCAUUGACAUUUUGAUUGAAUUGAAAAAUCGUCGAGAUGAAAAUGGCAAACCUUUGCUUAGCAUUGACUUGAUGGCCGCCCAAUUGUUUGUGUUCUUUGCGGCUGGCUUUGAAACCUCAUCGAGUAAUAUGAGCUAUGCCCUCUUUGAGUUGGCCAAAAAUCCAGAUAAACAGCAAAAAUUGAGAGAGGAAAUUUGUCAAGUCAUGAAGCGCUACAACAACGAGCUGAGCUAUGAGGCCAUGAUGGAGAUGACAUACUUACAUGAAGUCAUAACGGAAACUCUUCGUCUUUACCCAGCUUUGGUUACACUACAACGCAUCUGCAUGGAAGACUAUCAAGUACCCGGCACAGAUAUCACCUUGGAAAAGGGUACAAUUGUAGCUAUACCCGUGAAAGCCAUACACUAUGACCCGCAGAUAUAUGAGAACCCUCACGAAUUUCUGCCUGAAAGAUUUGAGCCCGAAGAAAUUCAAAAUCGUCAUCCGCAAGCAUUUUUGGGAUUUGGUGAUGGACCCCGUAAUUGUAUUGGCCUACGUUUUGGUCGUAUGCAAGUAAAAGUUGGCCUCAUAGCUUUGCUUAGGCAAUAUAAGUUUUCCAUUUCACCAAAGACCCCCCAAGUAAUGGAGAUAUCCAAACAUAGCCUGGCGCAGGUUCCAGCAAAGGGUGUGUGGUUGAGGGUGGACAAGCUGUGAUAAUGUAGAUGAUGAAAAAAAAAAACAACUUAAAACCAAUAAGGAAACGCCAAAUUCGGGCUCAGCCGACUGUAUAACACCC